GAACUAAAAAUAGCUGUAUGACUCUCCGCAUCCAUCGUGAAUUUUUACCUCCGCUGAGUUUGGAAUUCUGGAGUUACGCUCUUUAAAUGUAAUUUGGCGUGUUUUUCUGUUACAUUUUGGUUGAUACAGUUUAUUAUAUGCAUUAACUCUGACCUCGUGCAUUGAAUGGACCUUGUUACGUGUGAAUGAUAGUUUUGCUGGUCAACGGAUAUUGUUUUAGAAUAGUCUGAUAGUUCGUCGUUCAGCAAAAGUUUGUGUAAACAACUAAUGGACAACAUGAUAAGACUAGUUCAUCGACACAGUAGUAGUCGGUCACCAAGCAUCUCCCGGCGACAUCGUCAGCACCACACUCAUCAUCAGGCAGCUCCAACAAUUGUUGGUGCUCGUGGUGCAGAUGCAAGUCAAACACAUUCCCAUAGCAUAAGAGAAUUAAGAACACAAAAAGAAGUAGCAGAGCAGGUGCAAAAAGUAGUUGAAGAAAAGACAACUAAGUCAGAGGAUCAAGUAUUGAUAAGUAAAAGCACCUCUUCCUCAGCUGUUAACAACAAAAGUAUCCAAACCUCCGGCUCCAAAUUGAAGACUUCAGGUUUUGGACAUCAUUCGUACAGUGACUAUUCAAGUGGUUUCAGCGAUGGUGAUGUAGAAGACGACAUAAAAACUGACUACACUUAUGCCACAAGUGCAAGCUAUUGUACUAGUGUCACAGCAGAGAAUUACGAAAAUCCUAACAUGUCACGUUGUCGUCUUCACUUCACCCGUAGUUCAUCAUCACUGUCUCCUACGGAACUUGAUGAGAGUGGACACAAUCGAGCAGUAAGAGGUGUAAGGAGUAAAAUUGAAAGUUUUCAAAAUACAAAUGAAAUUCACAACUCUAAUAAGUUAGGAACAUUUUCAACUUAUGACUCUGAUAAUAGAAAACAGAAAUACAACCCUUCCCAUCGUCACAGAAACAAGGAGAACACUAAAAUCUUUAAAAAACUAGAAUAUAUAUAUGGUAUAGGGGAAGAACAGGACUCUAAAGUAUAUGUAAGCCACGAACACAAAGGAAGAAUGUCUAACAGUAUGAAACCUGUAUCUCGGUACACACUUAGAGAGUGGUUAGCAGAGAAAGCUAGUUGGUUGUGGCAUUAUUUAUGGAUACAUCUGUACAAGCUAGUCUCUCACGUUCUUCUGUUCGAUACAUGGUUUCUUUCCAGGUUCUCAAGAAUCAACAGGAAACUCCUGCUUCUCGUCUUACUUCCUCUUCUUCUUUUCCUGCUCCUCUACCUGUGUGGCUCCAAGCAAGGAGAGGAGGUACAUAUGAUAUCUGGUCCACUUGGUAUUCUGUCAUCCUUAUCAUCCAGUAUGUCCUUUAUGUGGCCAAAAAGAGAGUUGAAGACAUCUGACCAACAAAUAACUACAGAAGCGAUCCCAAGUUUAGUGUCAAAGGUGUUGAGAGAAGAAGUAGCCCACUGGACGAAACAAAUGGUCACUGAGCAGGAGACUUACAGGCACAAACAGCAUGUGAAUGAAGAAAUAAGAUUGUUGAGGACAAAAGUCGAAACUGACGAUACAAG